AUGGUCGUGGAGAACACUGUGGCUGCCACGUGUGUAGCUGUCAGCUGGGAGUUUGACAGGCUGGGGUUGACAGAAGUAUCCGACGAGGGGCGCGCUGAUCAGGUCCUGGAAACAAAAGAUAUCGUGAGCCGGAGUCACUGCCACGCAUUCCUGGAUAAUCUUCCAGAGGAUGACGCAUCAGAUGAGCUGCUUGUUCAUCGCACCGACCCACAAGAAGACAGUCAAUUUUUCUCCUGUGACUUCGAAUCGCCAUGUCUCUGGACCUUAUCAAAUCAAAGCCAGCGAAGCGACUGGUCUGUGGUAUCUGCACGGCAAACGGAGCAAGCAGGUCGGAUGCCUGGAGCGGACCACUCGAAGGGAAGCUCUGAUGGUCACUUUCUUCUCCUGAGCCCCUCCCCUGUUGCCGAGGCUUCUCAGAUAUGCGAAUACCAUUUGAACAGCCCAAUCUUGCUCAGCAGCGGGCACCAGUGUGUUUUGCAUCUGGCCUUAUAUGAGUUAUCGCCAUCGGCGGGGAACUUCACAGUCCUGAUCAAGCCACUUUACUACGGUUCAGACACUUUGGAGUUAAAGCCGGAGAGAAGAGAGGAUCCCAGUUCAGAAUGGGAAGUCGUCACAAAUGAAAUAGGCCAAGUGGACGAACCCUUCCACGUGACUCUGCGCUACACCGGAUGUGUUCAGGAAGGUUCCAUUGUGGCUCUCGACUCACUGCGCUUCAAAAACUGCGAAUUGGGCGAAGAGGACGAGGUCAUCCUACCGGACGUGGACUGUGGUGAUAACUUCUACUGCGAACACUCUGAAUACUGCAUCCCCCAAAAACAUGUGUGCGAUUUCCACACGGACUGCCCUUUAGGAGAGGACGAGGGCUUCAUCUGCGGUUCAAUGCCAUUUGGCUCACACUGCACAUUUGAGCAGGACGCUUGCGGUUGGUCCGUGUCUAACCGGAGGUCGACUUGGAGGAGGGUGGCCGGUGACGAGCUGCUGCUAAGAGAAGACAUGCGUGGAAUUGCCCUCGGGAGUACGCCGGGGCACUUCUUGUUUCUGGAGAUCAGAGAGAAACAUACUGUGAAAGAGGCAUCUGUCAAGAGUCCCUUUUUCCCUCCUCCUGUCGCCAACAGAACUUGCCAGAUGCAUUUUUCUUUUUACCUCUUUGGCUCCUUCAAUGGCUCUUUGUCAGUGGCUAUAGAAGAAAAUGGGACUUCCUCAGCACUACUGGUCUGGGAAGAACACGAUCAGUGGCAAGAUGACUGGGAGGACGUUGCCCUGGAGCUGACAGACCUUCAUCAUGGUUUCCGUAUUAAGAUGACAGCUGUUUGGCUCCAAGGCUCCCACGCUGACGUCGCCUUGGAUGACAUUGCCGUCAGUGCAAACUGCUUUUAUACAGAUCUCAAUUCUAUCACGCCCAUGGCCGACCUGAGGGAUUUCUUGAUCCCCCACUCAGAGCCUUCAUUUUCAGAAGUGUCUCUGAUGACGUGGUUUUUCAAUUCGUGUGGCGCCAGUGGUCCUCACGGGCCGACCCAGGCCCAGUGUGACAGCACCUACAGGAACAAAAAUGUCAACGUAACCGUGGGGAAAGAGGGAUUCUUGAAAGGGGUGCAAAUGUGGAGGGUCCCAGCCACCAAUAGAUACGAGAUCUCGGCUUACGGUGCCGCAGGAGGAAAAGGAGCCAAAAACCACAACAACCACAACCACGGGAUCUUUAUAUCGGCUGUGUUUCCUCUCGAGAAAGGGGAAUUGCUUUACAUCUUAGUGGGCCAUCAAGGGGAAGACGCGUGCCCAGGGAGAAAUUCCCAAACCGAGAAGAUCUGCCUGGGGGAGUCAUCUGUGAUUGACACCAGGGGGGAGGAGGGGACUGAGUGGUCUGGAGGAGGAGGGGGAGGAGGUGGCGCUACCUUCAUCUUUAAGAUGGAGGGCGACGAGCUCGUUCCCCUACUGAUCGCGGCCGGUGGAGGAGGGAACGCCUACAUGGAAGACCCAGAGUCCAGCCCGGAUCAGAUACCGUUGGAGCAGUUUGAGAACAGCAUAACAGCACCAAGCACCAAUGGCCGAACAGGUCAAGCAGGUGGUGGUGGAGGCUGGAAAGACUCCCCUACUUCAGACCUGGUGGCUGGCAGAUCCCUGACGGAGGGUGCGCACGGGGGUGCAGCAUGCCUGUUAUCCCAGUCCAAACUGGGCUGGUCCACCUACGGGGGGUUCGGAGGAGGGGGCGGAGCCUGCACAGCUGGAGGAGGGGGAGGCGGCUACAGAGGUGGCGACGCCGCCAAGACAGAUGAUAUAAAAGCAGACGGUCAUGACGGAAUCUCCUUCAUUCAUCCAAAUGGCGAGAUUUACCUCCAACCUUUAGCGGCCAUGGAGAGUCACGGCAACUGCGAGAUCAAAGUACAUGUGAACUGCAGCCACUGUCAGUCGCGAAGCUGCAAGCGUGACGACGCCACACACUUCAUCCUGUGCCUGUGCAAUGGCGACAAAGAAGUUUUGGCCAGCGACAACGUCACGUGCGUUAUUACAGGAGCUCCCCUAGUCCCGCCUCCCCAGGCCCAGACGUCCACCACGUUGAUCCUGGCCGUGGUCACCUCCACCGUCGUCAGCGGCGUGGCCUUGAUCUGCGCCGGCGUCAUUCUCAUGUGGCAUCGCUGGAAAAACGAUCUGCAAGCAGUGAGGAGCCGCCUGCAAAGUCCUGAGUACAAGUUGAGUAAAAUCCGAUCAUCCACUAUCAUGACGGACUACAACCCCAACUACUGCUUUGCCGGGAAGACUACGGCACUCAGUGAGCUGAAAGAAGUACCGCGCAAAAAUAUUACACUGCUCAGAGCUCUCGGCCAUGGCGCCUUUGGCGAAGUGUACGAGGGUCAGGUCCUCGGGAUGAACGCCGAUAACGGCCCCAUGCAGGUGGCCAUAAAGACACUUCCAGAAAUCUGCUCAGAACAGGAUGAAAUGGAUUUCCUCAUGGAGGCGCUGAUCAUGAGCAAAUUCAACCACGAGAACAUCGUACGCUGCAUCGGCGUCAGUCUCAACAUCCUCCCACGCUUCAUCCUGCUGGAACUCAUGACCGGAGGAGACAUGAAGAGCUUCCUGAGGCAGAACAGGCCUCAACGCGGUCGAGCUGCUUCUUUGAGCAUGCACGAGCUGCUGCAGAUGGCCAGAGACAUUGCAAGGGGUUGUCGCUACUUGGAAGAGAAUCACUUCAUUCACAGAGAUAUUGCUGCUAGAAAUUGCCUAUUGACAUGCCCUGGAGUGGAACGGGUGGCCAAGAUCGGAGAUUUUGGCAUGGCUAGAGAUAUUUACAGAGCCAGCUACUACAGGAAAGGGGGUCGUGCCAUGCUGCCGGUCAAGUGGAUGCCGCCUGAGGCUUUCAUGGAGGGUAUCUUCACCUGCAAGACUGAUACUUGGUCAUUUGGAGUACUGCUAUGGGAGAUCCUCUCUUUGGGUUACAUGCCCUAUCCAUGUAAGACCAACCAGGAGGUGCUUGAGUUUGUCACCAGUGGUGGCAGGAUGGAUCCCCCGGAGGGCUGUCCAGGUCCAGUAUAUCGGAUCAUGACACAGUGUUGGCAGCAUUGUCCUGAACAUCGACCCAACUUCUCGACUAUACUGGAGAGAAUCAACUACUGCACUCAGGAUCCGGAUGUGAUCAACACACCUCUCCCAGUAGAAUAUCGUCCUACAGCGGAAGAUGAUAGCGCCACUGUGGUUCGCCCAUCUGACCACACACCCACCAGCUUCUCUCCCUUGAACUCCCCAUCAACUCUCACACCCUCAGCGCUUCUCCCGCAGCCCGCCAAGCCACGCCACAUCCUUCCAAAAGGCCCGCCCGUCCAGCACGAGGCGCCGUCAUGUCGAGAUGCGCUUCCGGAGCCCUCCAGAGCCGAGGCGGCCCAGCCGCCUGCAGUGUGCACAAUGGGCUUCUGGCCAAACCCCGAAGCUCCCUUACACCGACCUUGCUCCAGAAACAGCUCUUGUUCAGGAAGCCAACGGCUGAAGAACAAAACCAAGAAUCUGUGGAACCCGACGUACGGCUCGUGGGUUUUGGAAAGCCUCAAGGGCAAAAAAGCGCUAGCCCACACGCAGUCGGUGCCCCUCUCGAGUUCUCCGUCAUCUCAGUCCCCGUCAGAGUGCAACCGGUGUGAAGGCUCGAACGGUUCUAACCUCAAGCCUCCCAACAUCUGCACUUCCGCCUCGUCUCCCUGCCAGGCUCAAGUCCCGCUGAGUAAAAGCCAAAGUAGCGGCGCCCCCUCAAAGGGGGGCAUCGAUUUGGCCAAGCUACAAAGCUUUCCGUGCGGAAACGUCAAUUACGCCUAUGACGAGCAAAGCUACGAGGCGGAAAGCUUGCCCUUAGUGGUCCAGACCAAAGCCCCGGAAGCCAUCAAAAACACCAACUCGGCCCCCAGCGUGUCCUCAGGGACCAGCCUGGGGCUGGCGCUGGGCCUCUACUCGUCCUCUUCCUGCAUGCCCAAGCUGCUGCUCAAGCGGCACGCCAGUUACGGGCACGAGGAUGUGAGAAGACACGCCAAAGCUGAGAAGCCCACACGAGACAGAGACUCUGGCUUCUCUCUGUCCGAGGACCUGAGCGUCACACCGAUCUGA